AUGACUAUCAGCACCGAGUUUGAUCAGAGCGAGGCCAUCGCUGCCGAUGCAACGUAUGAUCCGAGUGGGUUGAAAGGCAAAAGCGUAAUCGUCACUGGCGGCGCAAGCGGCAUUGGAGAGCAGACCAUGCGAGCCUUCGUCGGCGCAGGAGCCUUCGUCACUUUCGGUGAUAUAGCCGAAGAACUAGGACAGAAGCUCGUGCAAGAACUAGGUGAUGACAAAGUCGCAUUUGUGAGAUGCAACGUCGUGACCUGGUCCGAUCAAUUGGAGCUGUUCAAGACGGCACUCGACAAGUCACCCUCCAAGACCAUCGACAUCGUCUUCGCGAACGCCGGCCUGAAUGGACCUGACAAUAUCUUCUUCCAGGACGAAAACGCCGAUGAACCCAAGGAGCCUGAUCUGCAUGUCUUGAAGACCAACCUUAUCGGCACAGCAUACACUGCGAAGCUUGCAAACCUCUACUUGCCACGACAGCCGUCGGGCGAGGACCGUGAUCGUUGCUUGAUAUUCACGGCCUCGAUGGCUGGCUACAUGGAUCAAGCAGGCUCGCCGCAGUACGACGCCUCUAAAUGGGGUGUGCGAGGUCUUUUGAGAAGUAUCCGCACCACGGGACCUGCGCAAGGGGUUCGUGUCAACCUCAUUGCACCCUGGUUCGUUGAUACCCGAAUUAUGUCGGACGAGAUAAAGCAGAAGCUGCGAGCCGGCGGCAUCGAGUUCUGCGACAUUCAGGAUGCGGCUCGCGCUGUCCUUCACUUUGCCUCGACGAAACAUAUCAAUGGCCGCGCAUUGACUAUUGUACCAAAGUCUGUGUCGCAACGUGGCUAUGUCGAUCUACAGGAGGACGACUUCCCCGAGGGCGAGCUCAUCACGCAAUGGCAACAGGUGGGCAAGAAGCUCGCUCAUAGGAUGAGCAAAGAAGCUUGA